AUGGUGCUCUUUGCCCCCGCAAAGCUGACUUUUUCCGAAGUUUCCCCCCACUCUCUCAGAGCCGUCAGCCUCGAACACGGCCCCCAGUACAGCGCCAUCUACUGGGAAACUGGCCACCGCUCUUGGCUGCCCUUUUGGGCCGCAGCCACUCAGAAGUUCACUUGGAAACUCAUCGACGACCAGCUGCGGGGGCUGCUGCGGAUGACCUUGGCCGUGAGCCGCGAACCUUUUGUGUUUUACUCUUCAAGAAGUUAUUUCAGAAGUUAUUUCGGAGACCCUGAUGUCCACUUGGUGUCUCCGUUGGCAGCAAAGUUUCGCUUCAGCUUCAACGCAGCAGGCGUGGAGGCUUUCGAGGAGCUCGACGAGCUGCAGCAGCAGCAGCAGCAGCAGCAGCAGCAGCAGCGCAGCAGCAGCAGCAGCGCAGCAGCAGCAAACCACUUCUUUGCUUCUCAACAAGAUAAAAACAACGCCAUUGAUGCCAUUCGAAAAAGCGCAAAAAUCGCAGAACAGCCCUGA